CUCCUUGCUUCCUGCUCUGCCAGCAUCCAUCCUGCUCCCCUCCAUCCCUUUGGACCCAGCAUCACCAGAAGAGGCUUUUUUUGGCUUGCAGGGUGAUGCAACUGAGGAGCAGCAGCCCAGCAGCUUAAUUAGUGGCUCCAGCACAAAUUAAUUAGGCAGCAGUGACUGUCCCCUGCUGAGGAUCUGGGGCAGGAGCACCCUGAGUGAUGCCCAAGAAGUUCCAGGGGGAGAACACCAAGUCGGCUGCUGCCCGCGCGAGGAGAGCUGAGGCCAAGGCAGCAGCCGAUGCCAAGCGGCAGCAGGAGCUGGAAGAUGCCUACUGGAAGGAUGAAGACAAACACGUGAUGAGGAAGGAGCAGAGGAAGGAGGAGAGGGAGAAGCGGAGGCUGGAGCAGCUGGAGCGCAAGAAGGAGCUGCAGCGCCUGCUGGAGGAGGAGGACUCCAAGCUGAAGGGGAAGUCACCCAAGCAGGGCACCCCAGGCAAAGUCACCAGGGCCCAGAUCGAGGAGAGCAUCAAGAAGGAGCAGCAGCAGAAGGAGAGCACAGAGACAGUGGAGAAGGAGAAGACUCACUUGGAGGUGCCCUUGGAAGAGAACAUCAACAGGAGGAGUUUGGAGGAAGGAUCAGUGGAGGCCAGGACAAUUGAAGAUGCCAUUGCUGUCCUCAGCGUCGCCGACGCCGACCGGCACCCGGAGCGCCGGCUGCGAGCUGCCUUCGGCGCCUUCGAGGAGCUGCACCUGCCCCGCCUCAAGCAGGAGAACCCCAACAUGAGACUCUCCCAGCUCAAGCAGCUCCUCAAGAAGGAGUGGAUGAGGUCCCCGGAGAACCCCAUGAACCAGCGGCACAAAGCCUACAACAGCCACAAGUAGAGCGGCGGCCCCGGCCC